CUUCCGGGUUUCUUGUUCGCCUUUCAAAGUUUCUGUUUUUUUAGUCUAAGGACUCUUGGUUUUGUGAAAUUUUUAUAUUUGGGUAGUCCCAGACGUGUUUCUUGUUGUGUAGUUUUGGGAACUUGCAAAGACAUAAAUAAAUUUAUGUUUUCGUUCUGGAAUUCUUCUGGAAUCUUGUUAUUUGGCUAACAAGAAAGUCGGUAGUCUAGAGCUUUGAUCUAUUUUUCUGCUCUUUAAAGAUCUCGUUAUGUUAUUUGAUCUCCGCGUUUAGAAAGAAGACCCCUCUUUUUCUCUUGUGUGCUUGUUUUGUCUCUGCCCCCUGUGCGUGUGAAGGGGUAUUUUAUUCGAUUCGUGGCGUAGUAAAUUCCGCAACAAAAAAAACAGGGAAAUCAGAUUCCACAUAUAGUUGAACUCCUCACUCUUCUAAGGUUUCAGUUGUGAGAUCCUCUUAGUGACUGGAGUGGAGCAUUUAUUGUUUCGGUGGCUCUUUGAUGAUAUAUCAAGUUGUGGGGUGUGAGUAUAUCAGAACAAAUGUCCUUCCGCAGCAUAGUUCGUGAUGUAAGGGAUGGAUUUGGAAGCCUAUCUAGGAGGAGCUUUGAGGUAAGGCUUCCUGGCCAUAACAGGGGCAAGUCACGCAGUUCGGUCCACGAGUUGCAGGAGCAGCCAGCGGUUAUACAGAACAGUCGGUGGGCUAGCCUUCCCCCUGAGCUCCUUCGCGAUGUAAUCAAUAGAUUGGAAGCAAGCGAGAGUACAUGGCCUGGUCGUAAGCAUGUGGUUGCAUGUGCUGCCGUGUGCAAGUCCUGGAGAGAAAUGUGCAAAGAAAUUGUCAGCAGUCCUGAAUUCUGUGGGAAGAUUACUUUCCCUGUUGCCCUGAAGCAGCCUGGGCAUAGGAAUGGAACCAUCCAGUGUUUCAUCAAAAGAGACAAAUCUAAGCUGACAUACCAUCUCUUCCUUUGCCUCAGUCCUGCCUUGCUUGUUGAAAAUGGAAAGUUUCUUCUCUCUGCAAAAAGGACCAGAAGAACAACUUGCACGGAGUAUAUUAUAUCAAUGGAUGCAGAUAACAUAUCGAGAUCUAGUAGUACGUACAUCGGAAAACUGAGGUCAAAUUUUCUUGGCACCAAGUUCAUAAUUUAUGACACACAACCACCGUACUACAAUGCUAUGCUGUCCCCACCUGGGCGUAGCCGUAGGUUUUCGAAAAAGGUUUCUCCGAAGGUCCCUAGCGGCAGCUACAACAUUGCCCAGGUGACGUAUGAGUUGAAUGUUCUUGGUACUAGGGGGCCGCGAAGGAUGAAUUGCACAAUGUACUCCAUUCCUGCAUCAUCCCUUGAGCCUAAUGGCGUUGUCCCAGGCCAACCAGAACUCCUUUCUCGCCCCCUUGAGGAUUCUUUCCGCAGUAUAUCCUUCUCAAAAUCAAUUGACCAUUCAACCGAGUUUAGCAGCUCUAGGUUCUCAGACAUCAUGGGAACCGGUAAUGAAGACCAGGAGGGAAAGGUGAGACCUUUAGUUCUCAAGAACAAGUCCCCAAGGUGGCAUGAACAGCUGCAGUGUUGGUGUCUCAACUUUAGAGGAAGGGUCACCGUUGCCUCUGUUAAGAAUUUUCAGCUCAUUGCUGCCGCACCGCCAACCGUUGCCGCCGCCCCCCCUGUAGGAUCAGGACCUUCUCUAUCCCAGCCAACACAGUCUUCUUCUGACCAUGACAAGAUUAUUCUUCAGUUUGGUAAGGUUGGCAAGGAUAUGUUUACAAUGGACUACCGGUACCCCCUCUCUGCAUUUCAGGCUUUUGCCAUAUGCUUGACUAGCUUUGACACAAAAUUGGCUUGUGAAUAGUUUACAAGAAAUACAUGUGUGGUAAGAGAAGUAGAAUUUAAUCUUCAUUUUAGAUACUUGUAGGAAUGUUGAAGCUUCAUUAAGUUAUUGUUCUCCUCACGGUUAAACUGUAAAGUAUGGAACAAUCUCUGCCCAAUGCACCUUUCUUCUUUUUGCUGUUGUUCUUUUUCUUUUGAACAUUUUUCCUUUUUUCUUGCCAUUGCCCCUUUCUUUCUGAUAGUCAAUUUAUGCUUUAUAGUUUGGACUAUCUUUGUCAAACUUUGAUUAUGUAGAUUUCCAUACUUUUGUAAAUAUGUAAUGAAGAUGUCGCCCAGAGGUAUUUAUGAAAAAUAAACAAUUAUUGCGACUACA